AUGUCGCAGACCAGCUCCAUCCCCCGCGCGGGCAAGAUCGCCCUCCUCACCGUCGGUGCCCUCACCGCUGGCGCCCUCGGCUACGCUGUCUACUUCGACUACAUGCGCCGCAACUCCGCGGAGUUCCGUAAGGGACUGAAGAAGCAGCAGAAGAAGGUCAAGCAGCAGCAGGAGGCUGCCGCCAAGCACCAGGCUGAGGCCGACCAGCGCGAGCUCACCAUGGCCCUCGUUGAGCUUGAGCUCGAGAUGCCCCCCUCGUCGCCGGAGCAGAUGGAGGUGUACUUCCAGGAGCACGUCGCCACCGCCGAGGCUCUCGCUGCCAAGGGCCCCGAGAACUACGUUAAGGCCGCUACCCACUUCUACCGUGCCCUCCGCGUCUAUCCCCAGCCCGUCGAGCUUCUCAUGAUCUACCAGAAGGUCUGCCCCGAGCGCGUUUUCCAGCUUGUCCUCAAGCUCACGCAGCUUACCGCCGCUGCCGCUGGUGCCUCUGCUGGCGCUGCCCCGGCUGCCCAGCCCGCCUCGGUCGCCGACAUCGACGACGCCAUCGCCAAGGACGAGAAGGAGGAGGAGAAGGAGGUCGCUGCCGAGAUCGAGAAGGUCCUCGAGGAGGCCGAGAAGGAGGAGGAGGAGGAGGCCAAGUCUGAGGAUGCCCCCGAGUCCAACAACGGCUCUGGCGCUUCGUGGGACCACGUUAGCCACGAGGCCUAA